AUGCUGGAAACAAUGACAGAAAAACUGCUAAGACUCGUAAAAAACAAUAUAGUCUGCAAAAUACCAAAUAGAUCGUACAUAAGAUUGAAUGGAAGCGAUACCGAACACUUCUUACAAGGUAUAACGACCAACAAUCUUACUAAAUUAAUCCAAGAAACACCAAUUGCUAAUAAAUACCCGGCAAUAUCAAGUUUAUUUUUGACACCACAUGGCAAAAUCGUUGCUGAUUGUUUCAUCAUCAAAAUGCAAUCAGGGUACUUAAUAGAUGUGGGUAAUAGAAGUUAUCAGGAUUUAAUUGAUUUAUUUAAGAGGCGGAAGUUAUCAUCUAAUGUAUCAAUCACCCCUAUCAUCCGCAAUAUAUACCAAUUUUUACCUCCACUUAUCGCAACAACUUCACCAAAUGAACAAAAAAUAACGACUACAAAUGAUUUGUUUCCCCAAAUCAGCAAUGAAUACUACCAAGAUCCUAGACACUGGAAACUCGGAUUAAGAAUACUCUCGCAAAAUGAUGAUAUACAAGGCAUAGAGCGUGAAAAUUACGAUUUCGAGAACCAUAAUUUCUACAAAAUACUACUUAGAUACCUAGAAUUAAUAGAAGAUGUAGGAUAUGCCUAUGGCAAAAGACUGGUGCCACAAGACAUAAACUUGGAUAAUGAAUUAUAUAUAUCACGGACAAAGGGAUGCUAUACAGGCCAAGAAAUUGUGAAUAAGUUAAGAAAUGGGAUCUUAUUCCCACGAUAUCAGCUAAUUGCUGGGGUUGGUUUUGAUUCAAGGUUGAAAGAUGCGGAUGUGGAUCAAAUGCUCAAAAAUUUGGGCGUUAACACCCACAUACAACGUGAUAUAUUAUUGGCACUUAUUAGCUACAUAAACAACGAUGGACAAAUCCCUCAAGAUUACUGUAUGAAAUUAAUACAGAGAAGUUAA